GUAAUAAACAAAUAAUUUGUGCUGAAUAAAUAAAUAUUAUGAGCUUACACAAAGUCCUGCCAUUAAAUAACCAUAAACUUUGAACAAGCUUGAACAAGCUUAGUAGCGGGACAUGUGUUUGUUAUACGAAAGUAGAGUAUGGCUGCAGAGCACGUACAAAAUACAAAACGACGAUAAAUGGAAUAAGUAUUUGACUUCUGAAGUAAAUUUAUCUGCAUUCUGUCAGCCAAGUACUUACAUUUUAUCUGUCACGUACUUUCUCAAGUACUUGACAAGUAAAUUCACUUGAAAAAGUUCACAAGUACUAUCCUCAAUACUUAACCCAAGUACUUGGCUCAAGUACAUUCGAUAGAGAAGUGUCCUGAAUAAAUCUGACGAUCGUGGGUCUAGUACUUCUGUCUCUACCACUCAAGUGUUGAAUGAAAAUGCGAAAAGAACAUGUUGUAGGGCGUUUAAGGACGAAAGACGUCGAGACAAUUAUGUAUUCUAUUCAUCUUACAGAUAGAAGACUAAGCUAUAUAGCUAGCAAGGAAACGAUCAAAUGUAAGAAAGCGGAAAACGCAGAAUUUCACGUACGUUGUGUAAAUUCAACUACAAACAGGAAAUUAGAGCAGUAUCUUUCGAAUGCAACUGUCUGCUCAAAGACAAUAAAUUCAGUGUUAAUUAGACAGUCUCAUUUAUAUCAUAAUGAUGUGAGUUAUCGUGCAGCAGCUAUAAAUCAUCAGUUAAAAAACUAUCACACAGAUUCGUCUCGCAAUACGAAGAUUAAACAGAGAUCUAAAGCAGCCGUCGUUUAAGCUCACUAAACAAUAAGUUCGAUUCCGCUGCGCUAAGAAAAACCUGGCUGCAAGAGAGUAAUUUAAUUCACGAAACCACAGCUUUUUUUGUCGAUUAAGUUAAUUAAGAGUCGAGUCCUGUUCGUGGUAAUGUCGGCCGUUCAAAUGUCGGUCGCUCAAAUGUCGGUCGCUCAAGUGUCGAUCGCUCAAACGUCGGUUGACGUGUUGAUCUGUUACCUUACAAGCAACGUGAUACUCAUGGUCUACUUCAUUGUGUUCCACCUAAUGUCAGCUCUUCUUCGUCAGUUGAUAAAUCAAUGAUAAUUCCGUUUGAAUUAAAAAGAAGGAUUCAGUACAAGGCUGUAUGAAAAAAACAUUUAUUAAUCCAACGCAUACUAGAGAGGCAUUACAAUGUUUUAAGAUUAUAAAUGAGAAUUAUAAAGAGAUAGAAAUUAAUGAAAUUGAUGAUAAUUAUCUUGCAAAUAAUCCAGCUGUAAUGAAUAAGCAAGCUAGUGCUGAUAAUGGUGAGAAUGAAACAACAGAUGAUACAACCGAAAGUGAAGGUAAUGUUGUUGGUGAAGCAAUGCAAGUAGAUAAUAACAAUGAUUAUAAUUUUGUUGAUACACAAACUGUAGCCGAUCAUAUUGUUGAAAGAAACGAUGGUGUAUCUGUUGCUUUAAGAAAACCAUUUUCCGGUAAAGAUCGUAUAACUGUUGGACAAACAUUUACAGAUGUAAGAGGAAGUCCGCAGUACGAGCAACAUGUCUUGAAAGAUCUUUUUGGCUACAUCAGACAAUUAAAUACGUCUACAUUUUUUGUCACUCUUUCAUGUGUUGAUAUGUUUUGGAAAGAUUAUCUUAAUGCACUAGCUGGACAUAGUAUGAUAGGUGUAAAAGAUGAAUAUACGCAUGCAGAAAAAGAAAAUUUAAUUCGGCGUAAUCUUGUUCUCGCCGCCAGACUGUUUUCUGAGACCAUUUUUGUGCAUUUUUUAAUCAUCGACAGGUUUCAAUAG